GAGAGAGAGUUUGGGAGAGAUUGCGAUAUCGCAUCACCUCGAAUGAACACUCGAAGCGCGCGCGAUGGUCCUCGUCACAAACCAACUUGAUUGAAGAAGAGAGAUGCGUGGUCGGGUGCGAUACCUACCAGAACAGCCCAGCAGAAGCGCGUGAUUUUCACCGAGAUCAAGGCAGCAGCAGCAGCACGACAGGAUUCAUCUCCGAUUCAGUUCUUGCGGAACCGUCGACGGGAUUGGAUUGUUCGGAAUUGAGCACGGAAAAGUGUCGAGCAGUUGAUACCAGCAGCGCGUGUGCACCCUACCACCCCCAGCAAAUUCUGAUACUGGUGGAACAGUAGUGCGUCCUAGGCUCGGUUCGGUUCGGAUUUUCAGUGCAUCCCCCUCGUGGCACGCCGCGUUCCGGGAAAACGGGGUGAAUCUGUUUAGUGCAAAGUUUCACGCUGCCGGGUGGGAUCUUCUUCACCUCGAGCGGUUUUCUGCUUGUGGGCUACUACUGUGACAGCGUGCGGUUGUGUUCCAAGGGGAAGGCAGCAAGCAGAGAUUUUUGUGUUUGCCAUUGACGCCCACCCACCACCCACUUGGCGUCGUUGCAGUUAGUGGAAUGUAGGUUGUAGUGUUGCACUACCGUUGGUUGGUUGUGCUGUGUCUUCUCCGCAGCGGAACGGAAUGGUCGCUUUGUUCGGUUUUGCUGAAGGCAGCGGCGGGGAGCGUCGGCAGUGUCCUUGUGCUAAAAUGCUCGCAUAUGGAAUUUUGUGUUGUCGGUGCAAGAGCAGUGAAUAAAGAGCAGGAAUCCUGGUUGUGGACGCAUUUUUCGGGCGAAUAUUAAACGGUCAACUUUCCCAGUGUGUCAGUCGGCUGUUGACCGAGAUCAGUGUUCGGUACUUCGCCGUGACUGUGUGGUGGGUCAGGGUACAAUGUGAAGCUGUUGGAAUUGAAUUAUGGAAAAGAGUGCGGAGGCUUUGCUGUCAGAUAGUUCCGGAUGGAUGGUGAUGGAAGAUCAGUGAAGCUGUGGAUAAGUCAAGUGUCAGGAUAUAUUUAGCUGGAUAGCGAUAUUGAAGUGAUUGGCGUUCGGAAUAAAUGGAAGAUAAGAGUGACACGUGAAAUGGAGAUUCAAAUCUGAAAUGCUGCAUACGGAGAACCACUUUUUUGGACACGAGCUAUGAUCCUCCGAUAAAUUGUCGAAAAUCACCGAUCCACUCACCAGCUGUAGAUUGCAUGUGUUGAAUAGUUAGUUAAGCGGAAUCGUCAAGGCUUAAACGUGCGAAGAUUCAUCCCUACCGUCAGGCAUCAACAGCUUUCCGGACGAGUGAGGAUGAGGCUGCGGCGAACGGACGAAAAAAUUCAUAAAUACGUGACUUUACGAGCUGAUGCCAACGCGACGCCGAGUGAUCUCGUUGAUUGUCGCCGCCGUCAGCGUCGACGGUCGUGCGGGCGGGUUCUCAGAACGUCCCCCAGUUGAGACGAGGCGGACCAUCCUUGUCCCCACCGAGCGCUAGUGAAAACGAUAUUCAAAUUAAAUGGGUGACGUCUUAUAAAUCAGCCGUUAAUACGAAUUCCGGACACUUUGGAAUGCUAUUUCGGGGCGAGAUUGCAAGGGACAGCGGCGUGGGUUUUUUAAUUGAGUAGGUGCGAAAGCGAAGCAGAAUUGUUUUGUUCGCCACAAGCGAAUAACACUGUGAUACAACUUUUGUGGAAUAAACCGAGAAGCAAAUAGUCAAUGAAAUCCCACCGCUCAAGGGAACGUCGUCGUUUCGUCUGAAAUUCCAUUCAAACAAAUUAACAACGUCCUCACGGGUGCCGUCAAAGUUAUUGCCCCCGGCCGUGACAUAGAAAUUUCUCUCCAGUAAACACGAGCAAGUUAAAAAGUUUUCAUUCCGUCACAGCUGAGCAUUUGUGUCCUGUGUAGGCGAAAAUGUUCGGCCAGCCCAACGUAAGCAAUCCAAACCAUCAGUGUAUGUACAGAAGCUAUCCGACGCUACCCCGAAACUCCUACCCUCAACAGACCCAACAACAACCCUACCUUUACCAAUCUAUGACCCUUCCAUGACAGUAUAAUCAAAGCCGUCAGACCCGUAAAAACAAUUGCUAUUAUUGCAAUAACAACAUCAAUCUCACCUGCACCUGUUUGUCGUCGAGUGCCUUAGGAUACUUUUACUCGACGUCCCAAACCCUAAACUCGGCUCCAUCGACUCUACCCAGACGGUCCCGUCCCACAAACUACCACUAUCUACCCACGUACCCCUACCUACAGGCUCCCAUCCAGCCUCCGCUCCAGUUCCAACCCCUCGUACCACCUCCUCAAACGGCCUCGAAAGCCACCUCAAUCACUCCGCCGGUUCGCCAGACACAGAACCAAGAAUCGCAAGUCGACGAAGAGAUGCUCGGAAUCAACACAUCCAACGAUCUGGAUUCGCCGGCCCUGUCCGCAUCACCUCCACCCGCCCCAGCCCCUCGGCCGCCACCGUUCCGAAACGGUUGCCAACGGUGUCGGUUCACGGCAUCGAUGGCUUCUGCCAAUUCGAGCCUAAGCCGAUCGCACCAACAUCUAUCGGGAGGAGGAAGUGCCAGCAAUACCCUCACCAGGGGAAACACCCACAACAGCAGUCUGCGGGAAAGCAGUGGCGGUGGGGGCGGUAAUCACAUAGCCACAAGCACCGGCCAUUUGCACACGGCCGGUACGACGACAGGACAUCAGAACGGGACAUAUCCCGGUGGCUACGACCGAAGCCGGCUGAUGGAGGAGGAAGACUCGGCUUAUCCGGCACUUUUGGAACGGGAACUGCAUUCCCUGCAUCGGAAUGUGCCGGCACUGCGACGGGCCGGUGUUGACACGACUGCAAUUAGACAGCACUUCUACCCGGACGGCGGAUGGGGCUGGAUUGUUUGCGGAGUGGCAUUCCUGGCGCAUGUUCUCACCACGGGAUUCCAGCUGUCCUACGGGCUACUGCUGCUGUACGCGAUACGCCACCUGGGUCACGAGGUGAAUACCGAAGCAGGAUGGUUGGGUGCAGCCAGUUGGGCGAUGUCACUGCUGGCGGCCACUAUCGUGGUAGCGCUGUGCCGUCGGAAGUCAACCCGCUUGACGGCCGUACUCGGUGGUCUGGUGCUGGCACUGGGCAUACUGUUCACCUCCUUUGCCACCCAGCUGCAUCAGGUGGCGUUCAGCUAUGGAGUGAUAGUCGGCGUUGGGGCCGCCAUGGUUCGUGAAUCGGCAGCCGUGAUGCUGGGACACUACUUCAAGCGGCGGAGACAAUUUGUCGAAAUGAUUACGAUGUCGGGCGAAGGUGUCGGCGUGGCGCUGUUCUCUGUGAUACUGAAGGAAGGAGUUGGGAAAAUGGGCUGGCGCCUGGGCUUGCAAGCCGUCACCGGACUGGUGUCGUUUAGUUUCUUCAUGGGGCUGCUGUACCGACCGGCAUCGCUCUAUCAUCCGCAGCGACGGGCGAUUCUGCAUCUGAAAAACCAAAGGAAGAAGGUGAAAGAGAAGAAAACCCACGUCCGUACGCCGAAGCCACCAUUCCUGGACUGGACCCCCCUGAAGCUUACCACCGUGCGGAUGCUCUCAAUAUCGGCAGCUGUGGCCGCGUUUGGCAUCUACUCUCCUGUCUUUUUUCUGUCACUGCACGGAUUCACCGAGGGAUACGACAUGCAGGAUCUGGUCCUGCUGCAAACCUUCCUGGGGCUUUCGAUUGCGCUGGGUGUCGUGUUCAGCGGUUCUUCCAUCAAUAAAACACUGGAAAUUUCCUUCAAGAAGAUUCGAAUAUCUCGUCAAUAUGUCUGUCAGGGCUGUGUUACGCUUAUCUCGCUUUCCUUGCUGGUGCUUUCGGCUGUGGCCGACUACCGGGGUCUGUGCUUCUCGGCUUGGGCCUACGGACUGGGGCUCGGUGGCUACCGGUACACGCUGAAAAUGCUGGCCAUCGAGCGGAUACGGGGCAAGUACUUCUCCAAGGCGUGGGGAUUUAUCAAAAGUGCUGAAUCACUGCCGGUGCUUGUUGGAGUUCCGCUGUGUGCUUUCCUGAACGAUUCGUCGCACCGGUACGGACGGGCCGGAUACUACAUCUGUGCAGCGAGUGCGGCCAUUUCGGCUAUCAUUCUGUUCUUCGUCGGCCAUCCGGACGGAAAGAACAUGAAGUACUCGGCCAACGGAUCGAUAACAUCCCGUUGCACGGCCCCCACCUCAUCGAGCGACUGUCAGCACAUGCUGAAUCGUAGUUUCUCAUCGCAGCGUUUCAACAAUCAGUGGUACCCGAAUACCCACGGUACGAAUCUAUCCAGUGCGGCGGCGUAUGGCGGCCUGGGUGGACAACCGCAGCAGCCACCGCAACGUUGUCUCUCCAGUCAAUUCAUGAACGGUGGCCCCGGAGUGGCCCUCGGAAAUGGCACUGGCGGUGGUGGUGGUGCUGGUGGUACGACAGGAACGGCCAAUUACAACUAUCACAGCCCAUACUGCCAAAGUGCCGGCCAGCCUCAUCACCAUCAUGGCCGUUUGCACAAAAGUCUUUCAUUUGCCUUCCAAUCGCCAACCGUAGCCAACGAGGACCGAACACCGCAGCACACAUUCCGGCAGUCGAGUCAGUAUGCCGCCGAUUAUCCACCUCCUAGCCGGUGCUACUCGAGAUGCGAAGUGCAUAACCCAUCCCACCGGGGAACGCCAUCCCACAACCGGGCCCCAUCGAUGACUGCAGUCCAUCACCAGCCGAUGAUGACGACGACGACGACGGCGUCGACCGGAUACAACAUGUGCGCCAACGGACUGCAGAGCAAUCCCUCCCGAAGUCGAAGUGUUCCGGAGGGGUUGGCCAACGGCCACCGGAGUGGGGCGGCCGAUUGUCACUGGAAUCACUGCCACUGGACCACCGCCAACGGGGUAAACUUCUGCCGGCCAACCCGGCCGAUCCAGGUGGUGGAACAGAUCACUACAUCCGUUUGACUAAAGUUUAAGAUAAUGCGUUUUUUCCUGUGCAUCUCGAUCCAUCUGCUGGAGGGAUUGUUUUCCUAGUCAGUCAGAGUUAAUAUCACAUUGUACCGUCUCAUAUUGUCACACGUUCCAUUUGUAGGUAUGAACAACAAAUUUGAAAUUUUUGGUGUGGAGGGGGAAAUGCGCCGGAGGAUGGGUGAUUCAUUUGAAAUAAUAUUAGAAAUUUAC